AUGCAACGAUUGUUGCCGAGGUUUCUGUCGAUCCCUCGACAGUACGCGCUGACGAUGAUGUCCAAGUCCGUGGCUGCGAGCGAGGGCCGCAAAUGCUUGGAGCUGAACGCAUCCGACAUUAUUUGUAAGUACAGACACCGAGGACAGAUUCUGAUAUACAUAAUGUUUUACAUUAUAUUAUUAAUUUUAGCUGCGUCCAUGGCCCAGUCGCAACCAGCCUCGGUGGUCGAUGAAUCGAUGCGCGCGGAAUCGAUCCCUCUGUUGGAUCAGACGCCUGAUAUAUCCCCGGCUGGCUACGAGGUGACCACGAUGAAGAUCGACACGGGCGUGAUCAGCGACCGAACGCCGCUGCCGUUCGAGGACAUCCCAGGACCGGCGGUUCUCAAGAUCUGGGAGAAAUAUUGGAAAUACGUGCCGCUCCUCGGUACGCAACUGUUUUCCAGUCUGCUAAUCAACAGAUUCACCCAGGGACGAUUGUCGUGGAAUCGAAACGUCACGCCUUUGAAGUACUUGUUCAACGAAUACGGCUGUAUAGUGAGGAUCAACGGUCCCCUUUCCGGGGACAUCGUCAUGAUUCACAGACCUGAACACAUAGCGGAAGUGUUCAAACAGGAAGGCGACGCACCUGUUCGAAGCGGAAUCGAUAUCUUGCAACAUUACCGGUUGAACUAUCGCAAGUAUCGACUCGCGGGGCCCUUCUCCCUGCAGGGCCUAGAAUGGUUAGAGAUGAGGGAAAAAGUGGAGAAGGACUUCGAGCAAAUCGCUUCGUAUUCCUUCUGCAAAAUCGAAGCCAUUUGCGACGAACUUAUCGGUAGGAUAUACAAAAUACGUAACAGACAAAACGAAGUACCUGGUAAUUUCCACGAAGACCUGCUCCGUUGGGCCAUGGAGUGUUUCUGUAAUCUGACGUUCAACAAACAUCUCGGCUUCUUGGAAUCAGCCGGAUAUAAUUCCACGUCUGAAGCAUCGCGAAUCAUUAACGCAUUGGCGAUGGCUCAUAAAUACAUGAGCCGCUGCGAGACUGGCUUCCAAGUUUGGCGAUUCUUCUUAACGCCGUUUGCCAAAAAGCUGUUCGAUGCCUGCGACGUGCUCGACGGAGUGAUCGCGAAGUACGUUCGCCAAGCUCAAAGCAAGCUGCGAACUCGAGCCGGGGAUAAGAGUGCAGAGGUCGAGAACAGUUCGCCAAUCCUGGAGAAGUUUUUGCUGAACGAAGGCAUCCAUCCGGACGAUAUUUGCACUCUUUUAAUGGACAUGAUUAUCCUCGGCGUACAAGCGGCCGCGAAUUCGGAGGCCUUCCUUUUGUACUACUUGGCGAGGAAUCCGCGGACUCAGAGGAGACUUUACGACGAGAUAUCCACUGUCUUGCCAAACACUGAUUCUCCGUUCACGGAGAACGCGUUGAAGAACAUGCCGUACUUGAAAGCUUGCCUCCAAGAAACUUUAAGGUUGAGGCCUACGCUUCCGUACAUUAGCAGACUGCUGCCGAAGACUAUAAGCCUUCACGGAUACACGAUACCCAAAGGGACGUUCGUCAUAAUGGCGAAUCAAAUCACGUCGCAACGCGAGGAGAAUUUCGAGGACCCGACGAAGUUCCGGCCGGAGAGAUGGUUGGUCAGCGGUGCGAAAGAGGACGUAGAGUUUAGCUAUCUGCCGUUCGGUUAUGGUGCGAGAUCGUGUUUAGGAAAGAGAAUGGCUGAGACGGAAAUGAUGUUACUAACGGCGAAGCUUAUACGACAAUUCAGAAUCGAGUACGACUACGCCGAUAUCGGCAGCAAGUUCAUGAUGGUGAACGUGCCCGAUAAAUCGCUUCGUUUCCGUUUCGUGGAGAGAAAUUAGUA